GGCGCGAUGGCGGCGGCGGCAAUGGUGGCGGCGGCGGGCGGCAGCGACUUCUCGGAUCUGCGGGAGAUCAAGAAGCAGCUGCUGAGUGUGGCGGAGCGGAGCCGCGAGCGCGGGCUGCAGCACAGCGGGAAGUGGGCUGCUGAACUUGCAUUCGCCCUGGAUCCACUGCCACUGAGUGAGCUGCCACCUCCGCCCGUGCUCACCGAGGAGGAUGCUCGUGAUCUGGAUGCCUACACGUUGGCCAAGUCUUACUUUGAUCUCAAGGAAUAUGACAGGGCUGCCUACUUUUUACAGGGCUGCAAGAGCCAGAAAGCUUACUUCUUGUACAUGUACUCCAGAUACCUGUCAGGGGAAAAGAAAAAGGAUGAUGAGACAGUUGAUAGUUUGGGACCUCUGGAAAAAGGACAGGUGAAAAAUGAAGCUCUACGAGAAUUGAGAGUUGAGCUCAGCAAGAAACACAAAGCACAGGAACUGGAUGGAUUUGGCCUUUAUCUGUAUGGUGUUGUUCUGCGGAAACUGGACCUGGUGAAAGAAGCAAUAGAUGUGUUUGUUGAAGCUGCUCAUGUUCUGCCUUUGCACUGGGGAGCUUGGCUGGAACUUUGCAACUUGAUUACAGAUAAAGAGAUGCUGAAGUUCCUGUCCUUGCCAGAUACAUGGAUGAAAGAGUUCUUUCUUGCACACAUUUAUACAGAGCUGCAGCUGAUAGAGGAAGCUCUACAGAAGUAUCAGUCUCUCAUCGAUGCAGGAUUUUCCAAAAGCACUUAUAUAAUUUCUCAGAUUGCAGUUGCCUACCACAAUAUAAGAGAUAUUGACAAAGCUUUAUCGAUCUUUAAUGAGCUAAGGAAACAAGAUCCUUACAGGAUAGAAAACAUGGACACUUUCUCCAACUUACUCUAUGUAAGGGGCAUGAAGCCUGAGUUGAGCUACCUGGCUCAUAAUCUCUGUGAGAUAGACAAGUACCGUGUUGAGACCUGCUGUGUAAUUGGAAAUUAUUAUAGCUUGCGUUCCCAGCAUGAAAAAGCAGCACUCUAUUUCCAGAGGGCCUUGAAACUGAAUCCUCGUUAUCUAGGAGCCUGGACACUUAUGGGACAUGAGUAUAUGGAGAUGAAGAACACAUCUGCAGCUAUCCAAGCUUAUAGGCAUGCAAUAGAGGUGAACAAAAGGGACUACAGAGCGUGGUAUGGCUUGGGGCAAACCUAUGAAAUCCUCAAAAUGCCAUUUUACUGUCUCUACUACUACCGACGGGCCCACCAGCUCAGACCAAAUGACUCUCGCAUGCUGGUUGCUCUAGGAGAAUGCUAUGAGAAACUCAAUCAGUUGGUGGAAGCUAAGAAGUGCUAUUGGAGAGCUUAUGCUGUGGGAGAUGUGGAGAAAAUGGCACUUGUGAAACUCGCCAAGUUGCAUGAACAGCUGAAUGAAUCUGAGCAGGCAGCUCAAUGCUACAUCAAAUACAUCCACGAUAUCUAUUCCUGUGGGGAGGUAGUGGAGCACCUGGAGGUCAGUACUGCAUUUCGUUACCUUGCCCAGUACUACUUCAAAUGUAAGCUUUGGGAUGAAGCCUCAGCCUGUGCUCAGAAAUGCUGUGCCUUCAAUGAUACUAGAGAAGAAGGAAAAGCCCUGCUGCGCCAGAUCUUACAGCUUCGCAACCAAGGAGAAACAUCAUCCACAGAUGUUGCCGCUCCCUUUUUCCUUCCGGCAUCAUUGUCAGCCAACAACACUCCCACACGUCGUGUCUCCCCCCUCAAUCUGUCUUCUGUAACUCCAUGAACAAUUCUGAUACUUCUAACUUGUGCAUUGGAUGUGACAUUGCAAGUGGCACAUGCAACCACUUCUGUCUAGGGAAAUUCCUCCUUUUGUUGUUGCCCUCCCAUAAAGGGAAGGAGUUAGCGGAGUCCACAGCUGAAGAGAGAUGGGCCCCAACAGGGAAAGGGGAGCCUGAUGUCAAAGUGCCUGUGCUGCAAUGUGAGAACCUGCUGUACUUCUCACCAAGUCAUUCCAGUCAGAGGGCAGACAUGUCCCACUACACAGGACUGCUAAGUGAGGCAUUUGGAAGAGCUGUCUGCUUGAGUUAAAAUACAUUUUAAGUUUGAUUCUGCCAAGUUA